AACAUCAAACUAUUGUGAUUUUGUGGCCGACCUUCCUCCUUCCUGCUUUGCGUGACUACAUUUUUGUGUUUCGACGUGUUUAUUUAGAAUAUUCUGCUUUCAUUUAACGUUUAUCAUCAAGUGCUUCGAAUGAACAUUUCCUGAUCAAAUUCACAUACUGAUAAAACAUGGAUUGGAAGUCGGGAUUCAUAGUGUGCUGUUUGGUGCUAUACGCUGAUGGAUUUUCAAAAUAUGGUCGCUCGUGUCGAGACAUCGGGUGUCUGAACAGUGAGGUGUGCGUGCUGGCCGAAGACACGUGCUCGUACGGACAGACGUCCAACUGUGGCACCUACCCCACGUGCAAGAAGAAGUCACAGGUUGAGGGCUCACACUCCGAGCCAGCGCAGCCGUCUGUGCCGAAACCGAAGCCGUACGUCCCGCCGCGAGACGACGCGCCUCCCAACUACCCGCCCCCUGUGCCGCCCGGCAACAACUCUCCUUACGGCAACAACGGGGGAUCCCCCUACGGAGGAAGCAACCCUUACGGAGGAAGCAGCAAUCCUUAUGGAGGAAGCAACAACCCCUACGGAGGAAGCAACCCCUACGGCGGCACCCAUGGCGGUAGCAAUCCCUAUGGCAGCAACAGCGGCGGCGGCAGUCCCUAUGGCAGCAACAGCGGCGGCGGCAGUCCCUACGGCAGCAACCACGGCGGCAGCAACCCGUACGGAGGAUCCAGCUACGGAGGCGGCGGUGGUUCGUCUGGAGGCUUCGGCUCCGGCGGCAAGGGAGACCCGCUGCAGUCCAUCCUCAACACCAUCAACAAGUACGCGAGCGGCGGCGGCGGUGGCGGCGGCGCGGGCGGCAGCGGUGGCCUAGGAAACGUCUUCGGCAGCAUUCUCGGUAACCUAUCCAAGAACGGCGGCCUCACCUCGUUCCUGGGCACCAACACUAGGCCCAUUAUGGAGAACCCCGGCUACUCGCGCCAUUCUAAUUCGCAAUAUUCUCAACCAGGAAAUCAACCGCCGGCUCAGAACAGGAACUAUAAUCAGCAGCAUGCUAAGUACAAUAGUGGGACCACCUACAGGCCCGCUACGUACGGGUGGAGAGCUAGCUUUACAGUGUGUCUCAUAUACCUGACUCAACUGUACGUCAACUGUAUGACCCAGACCUAGAUUUAAUAUUAAUACUAUAAUAUACCUAACAUAGAUUUAACCAAGUUAAAAACCGUUUAUCAUGAUUUAAUCGUGAUUUUCAACAUCCACAUGCCUUAUUUAUACUUAAAGAAAUGUAUUUCCAAAUAAAAUUGUUUUACAUAAUAAUGCAUGAGAAAGCAAGAGGUAGGAUUGACUUAUUUUAUCCUUUCAAUAAAAGUGUAUGAUGUAGUUCUGGGCAUUUAAAUAAUAUAAAACACUGUAAUUAUAUUAGAUCUUCUUUAAUAAAACAAAUAUACAACA